AGAGAAGAUGAAAGUUGGGAUUCUUAAGCUUAGUUUCCCUGCUGACACUCCACCACUUUCCGUCAUCGUUGCUCUCUCCCUCUCAUCCUCUCCUCCGGUGACUAUCGACUCCUCCGCCCCCGCGUCCACCGUCCCUACUCUCGUCUUCUCCGACGGGCGAAAAUUGAGUGGCACAUGGGUUCUUCUUCGCUAUGUUGGUCGCUUGAUUCCUGGUUUCUACGGCCGAGAUGCUUUUGAAUCUUCCCAGAUUGAUGAGUGGGUUGAUUACUCUCCUGUCUUCUCCUGUGGUUCUGAGUUUGAGAAGGCUUGCUCUCUCGUCGACAACUACCUUCAAAGUGCAACCUUUCUUGUUGGCCACUCUCUUUCCAUUGCUGACCUUGCUAUCUGGUCUGCUCUUCUUACUGGAUCUGGUGGCCCGAGAUGGGAGAGUUUGAGGAAAUCCAAUAAGUAUCAGAAUUUGGUUAGAUGGUUCAAUUCCAUACUUCUUGAGUACGCUGAGCCUCUCAACAAUGUGGUGGCAACAUAUACUACAACUCUUGUGAAAAUAGGCUCCAAGGGCCAAGACCGAGUUGAUGCUAGUGAUAAUAAAGGAAAGCCUGAAGUGGACUUGCCAGGUGCUGCACAAGUUGGGAAGGUCCGCCUCCGGUUUGCUCCAGAGCCAAGCGGUUAUCUUCACAUUGGACACGCUAAGGCUGCCUUGCUCAACAAGUAUUUCGCUGAGAGAUACCACGGGGAAGUGAUUGUGCGUUUUGAUGACACUAACCCUGCUAAAGAGAAGACCGAGUAUGUUGACAAUAUUCUCAAGGAUAUUGCAACGUUGGGGAUCAAGUAUGAGAAAGUCACUUACACUUCUGAUUAUUUCCCUGACCUGAUGGACAUGGCUGAAAAGCUGUUGCGUGAGGGUAAGGCAUAUGUUGAUUACACACCCAAGGAACAAAGGAAGAAAGAGAAGUGGGAUGGGAUUGAAUCCAAAUGUAGGAAUCACAGCGUCCAGGAGAACUUGAACUUAUGGAUGGAAAUGAUUGCGGGAACUGAGGAUGGAUUAAAGUGCUGUGUUCGCGGGAAGUUUAACAUGCAAGAUCCUAACAAAGCCAUGAGAGACCCUGUCUAUUAUAGAAGCAUCCCCAUGUCUCACGACCGUGUCAAGGAUAAGUACAAGAUAUAUCCAACCUACGACUUUGCUUGUCCCUUUGUUGAUUCUGUUGAAGGUAUAACGCAUGCCCUUCGUUCUAGUGAGUAUCGUGACCGGAACCCUCAGUACUAUAAAGUUCUGGAGGACAUGGGAAUGCCUAGGGUUGAAAUCUAUGAGUUCAGCAGGUUAAAUCUUGUUUACACUCUUCUCAGUAAGCGCAAGCUUGAAUGGUUUGCCGAAAAAUUUGGCGGGUGGGAUGAUCCACGCUUACCAACAGUCCAAGGUAUGGUUCGUAGAGGUUUGAAAAUAGAGGCACUGAUCCAGUUUAUUCUCGAGCAGGGUGCUUCUAAGAAUCUUAAUCUGAUGGAAUGGGACAAGCUCUGGUCUAUUAAUAAGAAGAUGAUUGAUCCUGUGUGCCCUAGACACACUGCUGUGGUUGAGGAGCGUCGUGUACUGUUGACAUUAACGAAUGGUCCUGAUGAGCCUUUUGUUCGCAUAAUAGCAAAGCACAAGAAAUUUGAAGGUGCUGGAGAGAAGGCGACCAAUUUCACCAAGAGCAUUUGGAUCGAGGAAGCUGAUGCGAGUGUCAUCUCUGUUAAUGAGGAAGUCACUUUGAUGGAUUGGGGAAACGCCAUUGUAAAGGAGAUUACAAAGGACGAGGAUGGUCGUGUGACUGCGUUAUCUGGUGUUCUUAACCUCCAAGG